AUGAAGCUCAACCUUCUCAAGUGCGCUUUUGGCUUUGCCUCCAGUAAAUUCUUGGGGUACAUGGUCAACCAAAGAGAAAUCGAAGCCAAUCCUGAAAAGAUCAAGGCUUUGUUUGAGAUGAGAUCACCCCGGAAACCCAAGGAAGUCCAAAGCCUAACGGGACGAGUGGCAGCCCUUAGCCGCUUUGUCUCCAAGGCCACCUAUAAAUACCUCCCGUUCUUCAAAAUAUUGAAAGCCAGGAAGAAGUCCAAAUGGAAUGAAGAGUGUAAAGAGGCCUUCCAGGGCCUGAAAAGAUAUCUAGGAGAGGAAGGAACCACCCAACUCCUCGUGUAUUAUACCAGUAAGAUAUUCCUAUUUUCAGAAACUCGCUAUCCCGAUAUGGAGAAGCUAGCCUUAGCUUUGAUCAUAGCUUCUAGGAAGUUAAGACCCUACUUUCAGGCACACACCAUUCACGUGCUAACCAACUUCCCCUUGAGGACGACCAUCAAGGCCCAAGCUUUAGCUGAUUUUGUGGCAGAGUUUGCCAAUGUACCUGGGAUGGAAGAGGUUAUGGAACCUGUUGAGCUCCCCGUGUGGAACUUGUUCGUGGAUGGUUCGGCUGGAGACACAAGUUCGAGAGCUGGAGUAGUUCUGAUCAGCCUAGAAGGUCACAAGUUGAACUCAACAGUAAGGUUUGGAUUUAAGGCCACCAAAAAUGCUGCUAUGGAUAAAACCAUGACUUCCUACUUAAAGAUGGUGAUGAACCUCCUCCUAUUCUUUGAAAAAGUUGAAAUAAUACAGAUCUCUCGCCUCAAGAACGCACAUGCAGAUGCGCUCUCUAAACUCGCGAGCAGCAAGGACUCGAAACUACUUGUAAUAGUUCCAAUUGAGCACCUCCUCACGCCAUCGAUCGAGGCCCCUAAAGUGAUGUGGGUCGAAGGAACCCCCACCUGGAUGCAACAAAUCAUAGCCUACCUAAAGGACCAGGUCCUUCCCACUGACAAAGAUGAGGCUUACAAGCUGAGAAGGAGUAAUCACUCAGGAGGACUAGCCUUGGCACAAAAGGUAUUGAGACAAAGGUACUACUGGCCCACCUUGAAAAAGGAUGCACUUCAAUUCGUGUGCAAAUGUAACAAGUGCCAACGGUUCUCUCCCAUUCAGAAGCAACCCUUGCAGGAGCUAACUACCGUCUCCAGCCAAUGA